AUGGCAUUUUAUCCAGUGCAAAUCGCUGGACUGGUCCUUGGGUUCUUCGGCAUGGUCGGGACCCUUGCCACAACUCUUCUGCCUCAGUGGAGAGUGUCGGCUUUUAUUGGCAGCAACAUAAUUGUCUUCGAAAGGGUCUGGGAAGGCCUCUGGAUGAACUGCGUCCGACAAGCCAAGGAUAAGUUGCAGUGCAAGGUCUAUGAUUCUCUGCUGGCCCUCCCGCCUGCCCUGGAGGCGGCCCGGGCCCUCAUGUGUGUGUCUGUGGCCCUGUCUGUGAUUGCUCUGCUUGUUGGCAUCUGUGGCAUGAAGAAGAUUCAGUGCACAGGCUCUAACCAGAGGGCAAAAGCAUACCUCGUGGGAAUUUCCGGAGUCCUCUUUAUCCUGACCGGGAUCUUCGUUCUGAUUCCGGUGUGCUGGAUGGCCAAUAACAUCAUCCAGGAUUUCUACAACCCAGCGGUCCACGUAGGUCAGAAACGAGAGCUGGGAGCUUCGCUCUUCAUCGGCUGGGCCACUACUGCGGUCCUCAUCGUUGGAGGGGGUCUGCUCUGUGGGUUCUGCUGCUGUAACCGAAAGAAUCCAAGGCACAGAUAUUUAGCCCCUGGGCGUCGUGUGCCUCACGCACGUAAUCCACGCCGGACAGUGACGGGGCUCAGUAGGACUUCCACUAGUUACGUCUAA